GCAGCAGCAGCAGCAGCAGCAGCAGCAGCAGCAGCAACUCUGUUGGCUUUGUGCCUUUGGGACCUUCAGCAGGGAGCAACGUCAGCCACCGUCUAGCAGACAUCGGGAGAAGCUUCCUUGCUCGCUUUUCCUCCCUACCUCAAACCUCUCAGUUCGUAGAUAAAGGCACAAUGACGCCUCAGGAGUUCGUUGAUGCGGGAGAUCUCCUCGUCUUCAAGUUUCCCACAUGGCAGUGGGAGCCUGCUGUUGGCAAGCGAGUUAACAGUUGGCUACCCCCAGACAAACAAUUUCUCGUAACCCGUGGCGUGGCAUGUCAUAGACGCGUUCGCGACAUCGAAGCCUCGCUGAAUGCUGAGGCUAAAGAGGACGGAGAGGGCUGGGUAUUGCCAGUGGACGCUGAUAGCGAGGAGCUUCAGGAAGCUCCUGCCCUCCCUUGUGCAGCUGUUGCCUCUAGCAAGCCACUGGUUCAUGAUGCGAGACCAGGUAGGUGGGGUUGGAGCGGUGCCGCAUUGCCGGAUCUAAAGAAUCUGCGAGAUCUCGACAGUCUGCUUUGCGAGGAGGACCCUGCAUGCGCGGAUUCGUCAACUUCCUAUUUUGUUCGUCAUGCUCCAGAUGCAGACGUGGUGAGCGUGCGGACGUAUGACUUGAGCAUCACGUAUGACAAGUAUUUCCAGACUCCAAGGCUUUGGCUCUUUGGCUACAAUGAGAAUGGAACGCCUUUGACGCCGACGGAAAUCUUUGAAGACAUUCUCACGGAUUAUGCGGCUAAGACUGUUACUGUGGAUCCCCAUCCAUGCACGGGGGUACCUACGGCGUCAAUCCAUCCUUGCAAACAUGCGCAAGUGAUGAAGAAGGUUGUUGACCACUGGCGAUCACAGGGCGUUGAGCCGAGGCCUGAUCUCGCACUUAUUGUCUUGCUCAAGUUUAUUUCCAGCGUCGUUCCAACCAUCGACUAUGACUUCACAAUGGAUAUCGACAUGGGAUUGUGCGGACCUGCUCCCCCCAACGCAGAGUCGUGA